AUGGCGACCACCAUUACAGGCAGCACAGUAGACAGUGGGAUGCCUGCCGGGCUUGAAGGUGUGGAGACUUUGAGGUUAGAGAGCGGUACUGAAAGGUUCAAGCUACUUAUACAAGAGGAAGUGAUACCGAACAUCCAGGGGAACCCGAUUAGAUGCCUUGGGAAGUGGUAUGAUGAUUCCCUGUCAGACAAGAACAGCAUCUCCAACACUGGAAAACAAGUUGAAGAAUGGCUGAAGAAGAUUGAUAAGUCUGGCCUGCCUGGAAAAUACAAGUGCUGGAUAUACCAACAUGGCCUGCUUCCGAGACUCAUGUGGCUUCUCACUGUAUAUGAGGUGCUUCUAUCAACUGUUGAAGAAAUGGAGAGGAAGUUCAACAAGCACCUUAGAAGAUGGUUGGGAAUACCCCCAAGCUUUACAUCCUUGGGGCUUUACAUAAGAUCAGGCCAGCUCCAGCUUCCCCUGUCAUCAGUGGUGGAGGAGUUUAAAGUCGCCAAGUGCAGACUGUCCCUGAUAUAUAGGGACUCUCGAGACCAACUCACCAGGGAAGCAGGGGUCAGAACAAGAUCUGGCUGUAAGUGGGGCGCCAGCACUGCAAUUGACCUGGCGGAAUGUUCUCUUAGGACCAAAGAAAUCAUUGGAAACCCUUGUACUGGAAGACAGGGAUUAGGAACAGCCCAUUUCCAGCAGUGGUCAAAGUCCAGCCCUAGGGAGAAGAGAAUUAUGAUUCUGGAUGAAGUCCGAAACCUUGAAGAAGAAGGGAGAAGAGCAAAAUCCAUUGAGCUCAUAACUCAAGGCGCAUGGACGAGGUGGAACCUCCCUAAGAGAACAAUCACAUGGAGCGAACUGUGGCGGCUGGAGCCCUUCUGUAUAUCCUUUCUACUCAGAGCAGUGUAUGACACCUUACCAACCCCAGUUAACUUGCACAGGUGGGGGAGGAGGGAGGACCCAUUGUGCAGGUUAUGUGGUGGGAAAGGAACAAUGGCGCAUAUUCUGUCUGGGUGUAAGAUCGCAUUGACACAGGGGAGGUACAGGUGGCGCCAUGAUAAGGUGUUGGCAGUGCUCGCGGACAUCCUGGAGAAGGAAAGGGGGAAGAGACGACCAGCCAAAGUAAGACCACUGCUGAGUACCAUCGCCUUUGUGAAAGAGGGCCAAAGACCUAUCGUCCACAGCCAAGCCAGACAAAAUCUCCUGCAGUCAGCCCAGGAAUGGGAGAUGGAGGUUGACCUCGGGAGGAGACUCCACUUCCCUGAGGCAGUACUAUCCACAACUCUAAGGCCUGACAUUAUUAUGUGGUCUUAUGAGGGAAAGAGGAUCAUCCUGGUGGAGCUGACGGUACCGUGGGAGGAGGGCUGUGAGGAAGCUGCAGAGAGAAAAAAUGGUAAAUACCAGCAACUUGUCCAAGACUGCUGGGACAAGGGGUGGACAACAUGGCUGAUGACUGUGGAAGUUGGUUGUCGAGGAUUCCCAGCCCAAUCUGCGUGGAAUCUGAUGACAAAGGUUGGACUGAGAGGCCACUUGAGGAAAGCAGCCGUUCGUAGGCUGGGAGAAGCAGCAGAGAGAGCCUCCUGUUGGCUCUGGCAUAAGAGAGAGGGCAUAAGCUGGAAGCCUGGUGGAGAGGGGCAGUGACCUGGCCAGUCACUGCUGACCCGCCAACUGGAGGGUGUUGUGGUUAAGGGUCGAAACACCCAGUGAAGGCUGGAGACCACCUGACGACCUCUCUUCCAGGCCAAGGCUUCAUCCAUUAGAAAUGGGUGUAUAUUAGCAUUGUAGAUGUAUUAU